GAACAACUCUUGAAAGAUGUGUACUUGUAGUAGCGUUGUUUCACUCUAAUAGCGAAGUCAGCCUCCAGGAUGGCCAGAACCGAGCUCAUAAAAUACAAUCAAGCGAAGAAAAACUCACCAGAAAUCGACUUUACACUAUAGUCCUUUUUUGCAAGUCAUCACCAUGAAGGCCUACGGAAACAUUGAAAAGGGAGAUGCCUCCAAGCUGAUCGAAGCGGACGCUCCAAAGCCCACACCUGGACCCAAGGACUUGCUCGUCAAGGUCAAGGGUGUUUCAGUCAACCCGGUCGAUUACAAAGUUCGAGAAUGGUUUGAUGCGCCGGAAGGUUCUCCUCAUCGCAUCCUUGGAUGGGAUGCGGCUGGCGUCGUGGAAGCGGUUGGAGAUCAAGUCACCAGCUACAGAGUGGGCGAUGAAGUCUUUUAUGCCGGCGAGUUUACCAAGCCUGGGACCAAUGCCGAGUACCAAUGCGUCGAUGAACGCAUCGUUGGAAAGAAGCCAUCGUCCUUGUCGUUUGCCGACGCGGCCGCAUUCCCAUUGACUUCCAUCACUGCCUGGGAAUUGCUCUUUGAUUCCUUGUGCGUCAAGGAAGGAGAGGGUGAAGGGCAAAGUGUGUUGAUUCUUGGAGCAGCAGGUGGCGUUGGAAGUAUUCUUGUACAGUUGGUAAAGAAAUUGACAAAAUUGACGGUUGUGUCCACUGCCUCUCGUCCAGAUACCAUUGACUGGGUGAAAAAGAUGGGUUCAGACCAUGUGAUUACUCAUCGCGAACCACUGCCUCCGCAAAUGAAGGAGCUUGGUUUGACACCCAAAUACGUCAUUUGCCUCAAUGGUACCGAGGGUCACCUCGAGGGUAUCAUUGAGUUAAUCAAACCCCGCGGACAUAUCGCAAUUAUCGAUGACCCGACCUCCUUGGAUCUUACCAAGUUCCCAAACUUCAAACUCAAGGCGUUGACCUUUAGCUGGGAGUUCAUGUUUGCCCGUAGCAUGUUCCAGACAGAAGACAUGGACGCUCAGCAAAAGCUGUUGAACCGCGUGUCGGAAAUGUUCGAGUCACGUGAUCUCGUCUCCAUUGUGAACAAGUGCUUGGGCAAGCUGAACCUGGACACCUUGAAAGCGGCCCAUGAAGUACAAGCAAGUGGCAAGGUGAUUGGAAAGAAUGUUUUGGAGGUGGACUUCUGAGUAGAGUGAGUCGAGUCGAGUCUAGUAUCUAUUCUAUUUUAACCAAUGGCUGUACCAAAACACAGCUCUCUAUUAAAAGUAUAGAUGGACGGAAGUCAAUAGCAUAAUGAAGGUGG